UCGUUUAGAGUUCAAUAGUUUCCACUGUGUAAAAGAGGACAUCCGAGCUGUCUCACGGACGGCCGGGACCGUCCUGGCACAUCGCCCCGUAUCGACCCGGGCACGGUACCGCCGUCACAUCUCCGUCAGCUCAGCGGACAACAAAGCGACACACAAACACCGAGCAACGGCUGGAAACCGUGUCUUCAUCUCCCGGUCAACGACAUUAACCUGCAGGAUCUGGUUUCUGACAUCCUGAGACAAACCGAUGCAGUCAGGGGGAAGAGAGAUGAGGAGGAUGUACGCUGACUGAGCCAGCAACUGCCCUGAAGCAACAUUAAACCGGGUCUAUAACAGCACAGCCAGGCUUUACUGAAGAUUCACCUCCUCCCCCCCCGCCAGAGACACCAUGACGUCCUCCAUGCUCCGCAGACAACUGAAGAACCUGGUCCAGAACUACUCUGAGGCCGAGGUCAAGGUGAGAGAGGCGACGUCUAACGACCCGUGGGGCCCCUCCAGCUCUCAGAUGGCUGACAUCUCCGAUCUGACCUACAAUGUGGUGGCGUGCAACGAGAUCAUGACAAUGCUGUGGAAACGCCUGAAAGACGACAAGAACUGGAGACAUAUUCACAAGUCCCUGACACUGCUGGAGUACCUGUUGAAGACCGGUGACGAUCGUGUGCUUCUGAAAAUGAAAGACAACAUCUAUAUCGUCAAAGCCCUCACCGAGUAUCGCUUUGUAGAAAAGGAUGGCAAAGAUCAGGGAGGAAAUGUAAGAGAGAAGGCCAAGGUUGUCCUUGUUCUAAUGGAAGACGAUGAUAAACUAAAAGAGGAAAGAGACUUUGCCGUCAAGACCAGAGAGAAGACGUCGAAAGGUGCCGCUGGCUCAUCCACGGACCCCAUCAAGGAUCCCAACUACAAACCGUGCUACGUUGCUGGGACCUCGGGGCUUCCAUCCUUAGACAACAUACCCUCAGUGGCAGACUUGACUGCUUCCUUCGCCGCCCGCAAAGAGGAGCGUCUUAGACAGGAAGCUGAGAAGAAAGAAGCAGAGAGGAGGGCCAAGAUGACUGAAGAGGAGCUUCAAUGGGAGGAUGCGGGCAAAGGCAAUGACGCUAAAGGUGCUUGGGGAGGGGAGAAACCAGCGGAGGAAGAGGAGGUGAAACAAGCUGCAUGGGAAGAAAAAGAACCUAAAGAGGCCACAGAUCCAUGGGGCACACCCGCAAGACCUGACACCACUGACACCACAGCUAGCAGUGAUCCUUGGGGGGCUCCAGCUAAACCUGAUGGAGAUCCAUUUGCAGCACCAAAAACUGACGAAGAUCCAUUUUCUGCGCCAAAGAAUGGAGAAGAUCCCUUUGCAGCACCAAAAGAUGAACCCGAUCCUUUCAAAGCACCGAAAGACAAGGAAGAUCCAUUUGCUGCUCCAAAAGCCAAACCAGAUCCUUUCAGUACAUCUAACAAUGAUCCAUUCAAUGCACCCAAAGAGGAUCCAUUCAAUGCACCCAAAGAGGAUCCAUUCAGUGCUCCAAAAGAGGACCCGUUUAAUGCUCCUAAAGAUGAUCCAUUUAAUGCUCCCAAAGAUGAUCCAUUUAAUGCUCCUAAAGAUGAUCCAUUUAAUGCUCCAAAGGAUGACCCUUUCAACACCCCAAAAGACGAUCCUUUCAGUACCCCAAAUGAUGAUCCCUUCACUGCACCAGCAUCAACACCCCCUAAAGAAGACCCAUUUUUAGCACUAGACGACCCCUUCACUGCUUCCAUAACACCCCCUAAAGAAGAUCCCUUCUGUGCACCGACUAAACCUACCCAAGACGACCCCUUUGCUGCCCCAACAACACCCCCUAAAGAAGAUCCUUUCUCUGCACCAUCCAAACCUACCCAAGACGACCCCUUUGCUGCCCCAACAACACCCCCUAAAGAAGAUCCCUUCUGUGCACCGACUAAACCUACCCAAGACGACCCUUUUGCUGCCCCAACAACACCACCCAAAGAGGAUCCUUUCUCUGCACCUUCCAAAGCUACAAAGGAAGACCCCUUUGCGUCACCAACAACACCCCCUAAAGAAGACCCAUUCACAGUGCCAUCCAGCCCACCAAAAGAUGAUGCCUCCGAUCCCUUCAAUGCCCCUCUGGUGAGUUCACCCCAGGGCAGUGCAGAUGCGUGGGGAGCCCCUGCUAGCUCUCCACCUGCUGGGUCAGAUCCCUGGGGGGCGCCACCUGCUUCAAGUGAAACAAAGGGUGGAGAUCCCUGGGGGGACGGGACAGGCGCCUCCUCACCCAUUGAUAGUUCCAAUGCUUUUGGGGAUGCAUCCAAACCAGACGAUGACCCAUGGGGCGCACCAGCUGCAGCUCCAGUUAGCACAGACGAUGCGUGGGGUUCGCCUGCGCCGCCCUCCGACUCAUCUAGUGACCCCUUUGGAGACGGAGCAUCUAAAAAAGACGAUCCCUGGGGUGCACCGAGCAGCGCACCUAGCAAUGGGACAGGAAAGCAAACAGUCCCGGGAAAGGAGACGCAUAGAAAGACUGCUUCGUUUCUGGGCACUGCGGCGGCGUCGCUCGUUGACUUGGACGAUCUGUUUUCUUCAAACCCAAAACCCAAACUGCGCCCCCUCGCCAACACGCUCGCCGCCCAGACACAAGCCAUCGGCGCUUUCAAAGCCAGGGGCAUGACAUCUGGCCCUGUGUUCAGAUCAGGGGCCGUUGCAGGGGUGUCCCUUCCUGAAAGAUCGGCCCCAUACUGCAGUCCUUUCGGUUCCACCCACCCUCCCUCCUUUGGUGCUCCUCCUCCCACUUUUGGAGCUGCUAAUCUUUCCAGUGAAGCCCCCCUAUUUCAGCUACCACCCCGUACCACGGGAGCAUCUCAUUUUGGCUUAAAUACGCUUCAGGCAGCUCAGGUGGCUCCUCCGUGUUCAGGAACUGGAAUGGUACAAUCUGUUUCUAUGGGAGGGAGUCCACAAGUGGGAUUUAACAUGAACCCCCCCUGUGGAGGAGUGGGAAUGGCACAGUCUGGAUCGCUGGUGGGGAAUCCUUUGGCCGACGCCCUUUUAUGGGGAACAGGAAUGGGUCAGCCCGGUGUCUUUGGAGGGAUUCACCAAGCAGGAGCGGCUCACCUGGGAGGAUCCACUCCACAUGCUGGGGCUGGAGUCCCCUUCCAGCCGCAGUCGCUCUCAGGCAGCGGGUUGGCUGAGACGGCGAGCAAAAACAAUCCAUUCCUGUUCUGACAAUCUCACGUGCACCAGAUAUAAUAUUCAAUAACCACACCGGCUAGUUUUACAUGUUUUAGCCUUCUAAAUGCAUCUGUAUGCUCCAAAAUGUAGGAUUUUACAUUGUUCCUUCCAGGCAGCCAUUGAUUUCACUUACUUUUCAUGAUGUUAUUCAUUUCCUAUCAUCAUUGUUGUCAACCUUUACAACAGCAAGUCAAAGGAUAUUUCAGAUUUGUAGGCAUGGACUGUUAUAUUUGAAGACAUGUCAUUAUACAGCACGUCUCUACAACAAGGCAGUUCAACGUGCUUGGAAGAGAAACAAUAAGCAAACAUUGAUAUGGCGGAAGAGAUUAUGUGAAUUUGGCCAGUUCUUUUCAGCAGCUGGAAGCUCAGAUGUCAGAAUGUUCUUGAAUGCACCAAGAAAAAAAAAAGUGGUGGUGAGAGUCCCUGUCCAUUAUGUGAUACCUGCAGACGGGCAGUGGUUACAUGUAUACGACUGGUCAGGCUAAAACAUGCAAAAGCACUUGAUGAUCUUUUAAUUAAACCCUUCAGCCCCCCCCCAGCUUACACUCCCCCCCCACUGGAAAUCUACACACGUCCAAAUAAUCUAAUAGCCACGGUUUAAUGUAUGCAGCAAAAUAUAUGAACACAAAUACACACACAUCUGUGUAAAGCCGGCCGUCCUCUCCUUCAUGCACAAGCCUCAGAAACAGAAAGCACCGGUGUGUGUGUGUGCGUGUGUGUGUGUGUGUGUGGACAUACUGAAGAAUUACUGUGUAUUUUAGUGUCGUAUGAUUCUGUAAAACAUGAACAGAACCGAUGUGAGGGAGACGUCUGUGUAGGGUUUAAUUCAGCGUGCAUGUGUUUGUACAAGGCGGAGAGAGGAGAGAGUGUGUGUGUGUGUGUGUGUGGUAUACGUAUAUUGUGCUAAUGUAAAUAGUGGAAGUAAUCACAGAUAAACCUUGAAAUAUACUGUAUAUUAGAGUGUUACAAUCAUGAGUAACUAUUUAUGGAUCUAUUUAUUGAUUUAUUGCUUGAUUAUUUAUUGAUGCAACACUGCAGCAAUGGUCUCCCGCGAAGACAAGUUCAGGUUUAACUGUCACCACAGUGUCAUCAGACCGGCUCAGAUGAUGGUAUUGAUCACACGCGAUUGGCUUUAAUCUGACUCGGCUGUUUGAACACUGCAUAAUCAAUCAACUCAGUAACCAAUGGUGGCUUUUCUUUUCCCUGUUUUGAUCUGUAGUCGUUCUGGAUUCAUUGUGUAAUUGAAUAUGUCCUCGCUGUAUCUCCCGACAUUAGACAAGAAACAGAUGUAUUACUGUAUGAUGUUUAGCUACAGCGUCGGCUAAAUAGAAAACCGAAUUUGAACAUAUCAACCUGUUUAAUGUGCAUGCUGUUUGAGUGGAUCCUCCUCUGUGUGUGUGUGUGUGUGUGUGUGUGUGUGUGUGUGUGUGUGAGUGAUGAAGUAUUUCACACCUUUAACGAGAAGGCCGAUCUGUAGACGAGGCUCCACUUUACCUUUACUGCAUCUCUUUGUGUGGCCCUGCAGAGAGCUGCUUCCUCGUGGCUGAAGAUACAUGUAUGAGAUGUUUUGAUUAAGAAAACGGGAACAGUGGCGGGAUAAAUCGUAGUUUAUGAGACGAGGAAAACAGUUCAGUGAUUAAAAGCCACCCAGAAAAACAGGCAGGACCAACGUGACUCCUCAGAGGUCACAGAGUUUUGAUUCGUUCUUUGUGUUUCAUGGGUCUUCUUUCAUGUAUUUUUGACUCCUUUUUAAAUGUGAACUUUGGUGGAAAACUUGACUGAAAGACCGACUUCAAGGAGUUCUAGUAGAGCAAAAUAAAAAUAACACUAUGAUUAUUAUUAUUAUUUCUGAAAUUUAAUUUUGUAUGAAAUGAAUUUAUUUUGCUGUGUAUUUACAUUUAAAGCUGUGUUGUAAACUGUGACGGUAUACAGUACAUUUGAGAAAUAAAAUGAUACCAUAAGUGAAA